UGACUAAAGGGCUUCGAUAUAAGAUUUUUUGUGAAAGUUGCUCCACCAAGUCGAUUGACCCUAUAUUUUGUGAGGGUACAAUUCAUAUCAACUUUCUGUGUUUGGUUUUGAAUAAGCUAGAAUUUUUUUUUUCUCUGUGGACAUUUAUAUCAAAAAUCGAAAAUGCCGAAUGCAUCUAGUCCUUUAGUGCCUAUUCCACCCGAAGAUGUGAACUUCAAGAACAUAUCUUGGGAUGAUGCUACUUGGAUCAUGACAAGUUCCUUCAUCAUCUUCACGAUGCAGUCAGGAUUUGGAUUGUUAGAAUCAGGUUACGUUAACCGGAAGAAUGAGGUGAAUAUUAUGGUAAAAAAUUCAGUCGAUGUGAUAUUUGGAGGUUUGGGAUACUGGAUGUUUGGAUAUGCGUUUUCUUUUGGAAAAGAUCCUGGUUCUAAUUUCUUUAUUGGAUUUGGAUUGUUAGAAUCAGGUUACGUGAACCGGAAGAAUGAGGUGAAUAUUAUGGUAAAGAAUUCAGUCGAUGUGAUAUUUGGAGGUUUGGGAUACUGGAUGUUUGGAUAUGCGUUUUCUUUUGGAAAAGAUCCUGGUUCUAAUUUUUUUAUUGUUUUCACACUAGGAUGGGUGUGGACAAAGCGUGGCUUCCUAUCUUCAUUGAAUGUUGUGGACAUAGCCGGAUGUUCGGCAGUUCAUCUUGUUGGAGGAGCUUCAGCACUUGUAGCUGCCAUAAUGCUCAAGCCUCGUUUGGGGCGCUAUGAAAAUGGCAAUCACUCUAAUCCCUCUUUGGGUUCACCCACCAAUGCAUUGGUUGGGAUGUUCAUGCUCUGGUGGGGCUGGCUAGGAUUCAACUGUGGCAGCACAUUUGGUGUUUCGGGUCACAAGUGGAAAUAUGCAGCCAGGUCUGCGAUCGUGACGAUAAAUUCUUCCGUUGGGGGCGGGAUUGCUGCACUUGUGCUUAGCUACCUUACUCAACGAAAAAAGUUCAUUGUAACCUACCUAAUCAAUGGAAUUCUUGCCUCUCUUGUGGCAAUAACAGGUGGAUGCGCACUAUAUCAUCCUUGGGAGGCAAUCAUUGUUGGAGCUGUUGGUUCGGUGCUGGCAAACUGCACUGUUCCGUUGUUGGACAAGCUACACGUAGAUGAUCCAGUUGGUGCUAUUGCUGUCCAUGGAGCUGGUUCCGUGUGGGGCAUGCUGGCAGUGGGUCUUUUCGUCGAACGAGACACACUCAUGGAGUUGAGCAACGGACUCACCGGUCUCUUUAGAGGUGGUGGAUUUAAAUUGUUGGGAAUUCAACUUUUGGCCAUCGUCAUUGUCAUUUUUUGGAGCAUGGUCACUACGUUUAUGUUACUCUUUGUCAUCAAUAAAUUCGUCCCAAUAAGAAUGACACCCGAAGAAGAAAAAGCUGGUGCAGAUUUAGUUGAGCACAACAUUCGUUAUGAGUACGACGCUAACACUAGUAGCCACUUUCCGAAGUUGGACAUUGCAACUAUCAACACCAUUAAACUGUACAUGGAGACAGCACAGAAUCGGAAUUUAAGAGGAGGCGCCAAACCUCCUGAAAAACUGAAUUCAGGAACACAGACUGAAAGUUCCUCACCCCUGAAAAAACCUAUUAUAUCAGACUCUUCGACUUGUUCAACAACAGUUGUUAUUCCUAACGAUGUCAAGAUUGUCCAGGCAGACAGAGAUGUUUUUGCUGCCUGGAUGUCUGAUGAUGAAAAAAAUUUGAUUGCUAGUCGUACUGUUAAAUGAUAAUUGUUAUUUUAAAAGUGUAUUAGCCUUUUUUAGAAU